UGCUUUUCACCUUAAUGGAUAUUAUGUAUAGAUUUUUAGCCAACAUCAUUGAUUACAGUUUUUAUUGGUAGAGCAGUUUAUAUUAAGCAACAUAAUUCAGGAUGAACGGAAUGAACUCCUUUAUCUAGGAGCCAAGCGCAACCGUGGAAUUGUUUCCUGUCGGACAUUCACACUUGUGACAGAUUUCCGAAGUACACAUUUCAGCAUGGCGUGUAGAAAAAUGUGUAACAUUGGAUCUCUAAUUGUGUACAGCAUAACUAUUGUUGCGGCGUUAAAUCAGAACCCAGUUGACAGCAAGAUUUUCAAAAGCAAAGCUCACAGCCAUCGAGACAUGUGUAAAGUCAAACCAGAGAAAACAAACUCUGCUGCUUUUAAAAUGCCAAAAUCCAGUCAGAGCCAAACGAAAAAGAAACCUCUAAAGAAAACGUUUUUUCAACACACUAAGAAGAAGGAGCCCGUUUCAAAAGAUCAAGGUAAAACCAAGGCGUUGCUUCCCCCGAAAGAUGCCCAACAGUUUUCAACCAACUGGAAAACGUUAUUAGAGGUGUUCAAAUCCAACCCCCCUCCGGUGAAAAAGCAACCAUUUCAGCAGAACUCAAAGAAGGAAUUCCCUAAGAAACCCACUAAAGACAUUUCAAAGAAGGACGAGACUCAUAAGAAACCCACUAAAGACAUUUCGACGGAGGUGGCGGUGGCGCAUAAGAAGCCUGCUAAGAACUUAUCAAAGACAGUGAAUGAUGCAACUAAGGCAACUAAGCCCAAGCAGGUGAACAGUGGGAAAGCAUGGAAGGACAGUGCUGUUCCUAGUAAAUCUCAGGUGAAUGGGAUAGAUCCAGGACCAUCAGGGACAGAACAGCCCAAAGCCAAGAAGAGGAAACAGAGCAGUGUCCAGACAGACAGCAAUGCACAGUUGAAGAAGAAAGUAGAAGUGGAGGAAAAGAAACCCACUGAAUCAGACAUGUGGUUUGAUGAUGUGGACCCUGACGACAUUGAGGCCACAGUGGGAACAGAGGCAGCCGAUAUCAUGAGGAAGAUCCAAGGCACUCAGAAGACAGAUGCCCAGACCACAGAGAAAGCACUGGUCAAGGACAGGGCAUUUGAGGGCCUGACCAAGGCGGUGGCUAUGGACUGUGAAAUGGUGGGUGUGGGGCCAGAUGGCGAGGACAGCAUCGUAGCCCGGGUCUCCCUUGUCAACCAGUUCGGAAAGUGCAUCUACGACAAAUACGUCAAACCCACAGAGAAGGUGACGGACUACAGGACAGCUGUCAGUGGCAUCCGGCCAGAUGACAUCAAAAACGGUGAGGAUGUGAAGACCGUACAGAAAGAGGUGGCUGAGAUCCUCCAGGGGAGAACGCUUGUGGGACACGCCAUUCACAAUGACCUCAAGAUUUUGUUCUUGGAUCACCCAAAAAAGAGAAUCAGAGACACCCAGAAGUAUAAACCUUUCAAGACAAUUGUGAAGAGUGGUCGGCCCUCUCUGAAACUCCUGUGUAGAGAAAUACUCGGUGUCAAAGUACAACAGGGAGAACAUUCAUCCGUCCAAGACGCCCAGGCGACCAUGAGGUUGUACACGGUGGCGAAGAAACAUUGGGAGGCAGAGAUCAAGGCUAGUCAUAACAACCCAGAGUUAACCAAGAAGACCAAGGAACCAAGGAAGCCCAAAUCACCCAAACACAAAUGAACCUGAUUGACUGAACUGCAUCAGUCUGUAAUGGGACUGAGGACUCGCCCUUGACUAGAUGGCACAGGACAGGAGGCUUGAUUGAAUUAACAAGUGUGUCUUUUGGAAGUGGACUCGCACUUUGAGAUCUUAGUGAAAAGUGAAUUGAGGAAUCUCUUUUGGUGACCCAUAAGGAUUACACAAAGUGGUUUGAUCAAAUUAAUAUGGACUUUAUUCAAAUCCCACUCAACCCUAAUCAUUCAGAAAGUUGGUCAUCAAAAACAGCCUAGUGCCGCUUUAACUAUGCAUUGAUCUUUCAUUCAUUGUCUGCUACAUCAUCAGUUUUCUUCUGGUUCGAAUGUUUUAAAAUGUGGUCUUUUUCUGAUCUUCUAACAUCCAUGUCUUGAUGUUGAAUAUCUGCAGUUUCAAUUCCAAGUGUUUGGAUUAUGUGUUGCCUUUUGAAUUUGAAUUUUUGUUUCAUGAAUUAAAAGUUAGAUAUUUAAA